GACAACCCGUUUCAACUUCGAACAAUCGGUUCACGUCUUGCAGUUGCAUACCCGAAUUACCACAAAAACAGUCGAAAAAGAAUUCAAAACAACCCCAAAAUCAAGUUUCCUUCCGAGGACUGAAGAAGACGAACAGCGACACGACAACCUCUGUAAGAUGGAUGAUUAUACUAGAGAAAUGAUGGACCUGAAGACCCUUGUCACUCGAACCCUAGAAAAAAAAGGGGUUCUCGCUAAGAUCCGAGCUGAGCUGAGAGCAAGUGUAUUUGAGGCAAUAGAGGAAGAGGAUAAGGCAAUUGAACAAGAUGAGGGCCUACCUCCUGCACUGUUGGGUAGCUGCAAUGAUCGUGCAAAACAACUACAUGCUUCCCCUUCAGGUCGGCUUCUAACUGCACUAAUAUGUGAAUACUUGGAUUGGGCGCAGCUUGGCCACACACUAAAAGUUUAUUUACCAGAGUGUAAUUUGCAAAAGGACGCAUGGAAAACCGAGUUACGAGAUUUCAGUAACAAGAAUGGAUAUGACAUAAACAGGAAUGGAGAUAGUGGUCCAUUGCUGUUGGAUGUACUUGAAGGGUUCUUGAAAUUUGAGAAUCAAUCUCAAGGAAGAGGUAGCGGAAGGAGAUCAAUGAUUCCGGAGCAGGAUUCCGAUUCCAGAAACCGUAGACCUUCUUCAUCAUCUGUUAUUGGGGGAUUAGCUCCUCUGGGAAGACAAGGUUCUGGUUCCCAGGCAUCUGACCGAAGAGGUGGAGGGUCUUCAAACUCUAGCUACAAGAAAGAUGAUUACAAUUGGAGAUAUGAAAAUGAUGAUACCUCAGAGGAUAUUAAUCGGGCCUCCAUUGCCUUGGAAAAUCUUCAGUUGGAUAGAAAGGCUCGAAAUUUGACCACCUCUUGGCGACAUGGUGGGGAGGGUAGCAAUGAAGAUUGAAGGGUAGAUGAUGUCAUUUCAUAUGUAACUUGAACGGAUCCAAGUACUUGUAGCUUGUAGCAUGUCGUUCUUCGUAUAUGACUUAUGAGAAAGUUGUUUCAUAAAGAAAGAAUGUUUUUUCGUGUUUUGCUUUCAAAUGCUUUCUUUAUUCAUGUUUUUUUUUAGACUUAAUUAUGUAUUGUUUUUUGCCCUUCAUUUCGAAGGCUGGAUAUGAUUUAGCAUGAAAACAAGUAUUUGUGUGAUUUAAUACCAUGGUUGUAAUUUGUAAAGUAUUUUGGUAAGCUUGUGAUACUAGUA